UCAGUAAUUUUUUAAAUAGGGAUAUUGUAAUUGAAAUUUAUUUCUAGUUUUUUUUAAAUGGUAUCAUACAAAACUCAAGACUGGGAUUUUAACUAUUCUAGAAAAAAUAUAAGACUUUUUUUUAACUUAGUCAAGUAUAGAUUUCAGGAAGAACAAUACACUUAGACAAUUCAUCGAUUAUGGGAACUGUUUUUUCCACUUUUGUAUACUAUCAAACAAGCUUAAAAAGAAAACAGUGGAAGUUUUUUCGCAGCCCUAUGAUCACGAUGAUUUUUCUUUCCAUACAAAAUAUUUUAAUCUGCCGAAAAUAUAAGAAACUUCCUGAUCGCGCGAGAGAUCAAAUUCCAAAUUCUACCAGCCUAAAUGUGAUCCACAAAUAAAUGUUUUUCCGUCCCUGUUUGUCCCUGAAGUGAGCAGAGUGAGCAGAGGUGAUCCUCGCUCUUUUAGAUCUCUCCCCGGCUCGCUUCUCAUGUACUGUCCCUUUUAGAGUAUAGUCUUAAAUAAACCGUUGACUACGCCAGACAGCUACGCGUUUAAAAAUAAAUUGUGUAGUUUCUGUUCGCGCAAUAAAUUGUUUUAAUCAGUGCUAAACGGUUUAUGAUUAGUGUCCGAAAUCCCCGAACCGACCACACGCGCGAACAUUUGGUCCUUCGAACCGGAUCCGAAGGAUCCGGUAUGGCCAGGUUCGGGACACUUCGCGAAACGGACAGUUCAGUGCGAAGUGUAGGCCGGCUCGCGAAGAGCGGCCUGAAGUGAACGGUGCAAAAGCGCGCCUGGACAGUUUUGGUGCGCGUGAACCAACGGACAAAAAGUGCACGGAAAUCCGUGAAAAAGUGCUAAAAAGUGCGGAAAAAUCCCAAAAACCCGGAGCUGAACAGUGGCACAAUAGUGCAUUGAAAAGCAGCCAAACAAAGGCAGUGACGACCAGUGCAGUGCGGUGAAGAAGAUUUCGCCAUCGCGGAACUCACGGUGUGCGCGCGCUUUGGCAAGCGUCGCGACGUCACCAUCUCAACCGGUUGGCUGACGUCAUCGUUGGAGUCGGUGAUUGAUUGGCGCCUGGAGAUUUCGGGACGGAUUUGGCGGAUUUCGAAGCAGAUUCAGGAGAGUAUUUGCACGUAGUACGGUGGCUCGGUUAAUUUGGCUCUUUGCGGAUCGAAAUAAAGUGGCUUUUGAAAAUAAAAUUGCACGAGAGUUUUUAUUAGUCUGGUCAGGUUGCAUGAGUGUUGUGUUGUUCUGUCUGGUCCUCUGGAAUUCCCUGGUCGAUUCCCCUGUCGCUGCUGUCAAUACUGGGUCGUACAGUUCGCAAUCUGUCUUGCGCGAUCGCGUCGUGGAACGUCGAGUCGAUCUGUCUGUUUCCGGUGAAUCUGAAAGUGAAAGUGGAUGUUAUUCAGUUGGCGAUCAGUGGUCACGAUGGGCGAUCUGCAGACUUUGCGGAAGAAGCAGGAGAUCCUGCUGAACAAACUGGAGGUGCUGAAUCAGUUCGUCGAGCACUACAAGGCGGAAGAACACGAGUGCCAGCUGGAAGUUCGACUCGGAAUGCUGAACGACGUGUAUCAGGAGUUCACGGAUCUACGAACGAAGCUCGAGUUGCUGCUGGAAGAAAAGGAUGCGGCCAAGUUCGCGAAUGCGGAGCCGAAGGUCAAGCAGGAGGUCGUGUCACACCGUGAAGAGGCCAAUCUACAGGUGGUGCAGGAGUUCGACAACAAAUUCUGCAAAAUCAAGGCGAUGCUGAUUGCGAAGCGGCCGGUCAAGGACGUCGCGCAGACAGUUCCAAGUGUUGGUGAUGCGGAUACCUCGUUUCCGUUGCGCGUCAAGCUGCCUGACAUUCAUCUGCCGAACUUCAGCGGAAAUCUGCGCGAGUGGGUGACCUUCCGUGACACCUUCAAAAGUCUCAUCCACCGGAACUCGAAGCUGACAUCGAUGGACAAGUUCACCUAUCUUCAAUCGUCUCUUUCUGGUCCUGCGUUGUUGGAGAUUAGUGGCAUCGAUCUGUCGGAAGAAAACUACUCCGUCGCGUGGUCCGCGCUGGAGGAGGAGUACGGAAACAAGAAGCUGAUCGUGAAAGCCCACCUCGAUGUCAUUCUGGAUCUGGAACCGCUGACCAAGGAGUCGUACGACGGUCUCAGCCACCUGCUCGGUGAGUUUGAGAAAAAUCUGCAGAUGUUGGACAAGACGGGUGAAAAUAAUGCCAACUGGAGUACGGUUAUGGCGCACGUCCUGUGCUCAAAGCUGGACUCGUCCACGCUUAGGAAUUGGGAGACCCACCACAACAGCAAGGAAGUCCCAACCUACAAGGCUCUACUGGAGUACCUGCGCGGCCACUGUUCGGUUCUUCAGUCGAUCAAACGAGCGAAAGCGAAAUCGUCGGAACAGCGCCCUCCGAAGACAGCGGUCUGCCACACUGCUGUGCGGAGCAGCAACCAGUGUCAGUUUUGCAGCGGCCCGUGGCACACCCCGUUCCGGUGCUUCAAGUUUCAGAAGAUGACGAUCUCGGAGCGCAACGACGCUGUUUCGAGAAACAAGCUGUGCAGAAACUGCCUGAAGCCUGGACAUUACCCGCGGACGUGCGAAGGAGGAACUUGCCACCACUGUCACCAGAAACACCACUCGAUGCUGCACAACGAUCAGAUGAGAUCCUCCGUUCCACAACAGCAGUCGAGACCGACCGCGACGACCUCAGUACAGCGACAACAACCUAGACCACAGAACACGAAUCAGACAACACACACUCCAGCCAACAAUGCACCUGCUAAUCCGACUAACCUACAGACUACAGACUCUCAAACCACACAGCCACAAACCCAAGGGGGUUGACACUCGAUCAUUCAGGAAUCAUUCCAGUUUAAUUCCAGAAUGAUUGGAAUGAUGAGAAUGUUUUGCUCUAUAAUAUGAGUUUUCCAGAUUAGCGUGUAAACGUCAAAAAAUCAAAAUAAAGCAAAAUGUUUUCAUCCCAUGUUGUUAUACGAUCGUGUUUCGUUUGCGGCAAGCGAAAGCCCCUGCGGAUCUCACGAAAUUUACGGGUGGAAAAGGACGUUUAAAAAAAACAGCCAGUGACGAGCUGAUAACCAGCCUCUUUCGCGGCCACCUUCAACAAGACUAUCGUUUUCACCAGGAGACGGCCGUGGCGGAAGACUGUCUCAAGGUGAACAAAUUCGGCGAGGUCCCCCCCGACUCUGGGACCUCGAAACGGUGACCGGGGAAUCCGCUGGCUCUGAUGGAGAAGUGGAGAUGACCCGGCCAGGAUGGCAGUGUAACCGGCAAGGAACAGAUCGCGGACGUGGAAUCCGAACAAGCCGCAUGAUGCGUGGAACACGAUUCCGGCCGAACUGGUCAAACGUUACGAUAUUCAAUUCAAGGCUCCGAGCGUAUCGCAGGCGUUUUCGACCCGGGAGGUAAAGGCGGAUUGCAUCGGCAAGUUGGUCACGGUUAUAGGAAUCGUUACCCUUUGCACCAAGGUAAAGCCCAUGAUGACGGUGGCCACUUAUACAUGUGACCGUUUGACGCCGGAGAUUUAUGGCCAUUUGGACGUGAAGAAGGCGCAGCUGUUUCUGCUGGUUGGUCUAUCAAUGCCCGAACGGCACGAAACAUCAACAUCUGCCUGAUAGGAGAUCUCGGAGAUUCUUGCCGCUGCCAAUCCUGCGUACGGCCGUUACAACUCACGGCACACCAUCUAGCAGAACAUCCAACUGCGAGCCGCUUUGCUUGCUCAUCCUAGACAAUCCGGACCGCAUGUCGCUGAUCCGCGGGUACAACGCACUGUGCAAGCGUAAAGUGCCGGUCAUCCCGCCGGAACUGUCCGAGUACAUUGUAAACGCUUAGGAGGCCCUCCAUCUGUUGGAAAUAUUCAAGGACUCGCUGAACCAAACCGAGUAGUAAAGACCACUUACACCCAAAACACGUCGGACAAGAUCUUUCCGCUGACGCGAGAGUUGGUCGGUGCGAGCGAAACGGUCAAGAUCUCAGACGUGAUGAAGCGCUGCACGACCAAGCUGGGCCAGGAGGACGCCUGCAUCGAGGAGUAAGAGGAGCUAAACGUAUGGCAGGACAACGACCGAAGGCGGACGAAAAUUACCUUUGUCAGUUAGCGAUUAAAUGCAGUUUAUGUGUAUUCGAAUAUUUUGUCAUCUGAAUUGAACUUUUGGGUUUUUGGCAACAAAUAAAAUCAGUCCAUCAGUGCAGGAAGAAUAUUCGAUAGAACCUGGUACCAACGUCCGCCGGGUUGAUGGGCCACCUCGUCGGCAGGUUGACGACCUGAAUCCUACAAUCAUCGACGAAUUCCUGCCUGUUGG